AUGGAUGGGGCAUUAGAGAUUCAACAGCAAUUGAUUAAUCUCCAGCAGGAGCUAACCAGAGCACGAGAAGAACGCUCCCAAGCUCUAAAAGAUCUGGAGAAAAUAAGAACGAAAACCAGAGGCUUUAUCGAAUUCCAUGAGAACGAGGCAAAUAAAGCAAAGGAAUCAGAAAGAAAAAUGCUGGAAUCCCUCGUCUCGCAAACGAAACGGCUGGAACAAACAAAGAUAUCUUUAGAAGAAUCCAAGCUCGAAAUAGAUUCCCUCCGUGAAUCCCUAAAAAUCCUUUCUUUAGACAAAGAACUGUCCGAUGAGCUCCAUAAUCUCAAGAACGAGCUCAAGUUAGCCUUGCAGGGCGAGGAGCAGAGCAGGAAAGCAAUGGACGUUCUAGCUCUAGCUUUGAUAGAAGUCUCUAACGACUCAAAACAAACCAAGGCUAUGCUAAGAAGCACAGAAACCGCUUUAAGAUUUGCGGAGGAGAAACUCCGAGAGGCCGGUGAAGAAUCGCAGAGGCUGAAAAAGGAAGCAGAUGAAGAAGAAGCAGUCUUUAUAAACUGUAUAAAGGCAUCAGAAAACGAAAUAAUGGAAAUCAGAGAAGAGAACAGGAGAUUAAUGGAAUUGAAUCGGGAUUCGAGGGAAGAGAUAUGGAAGCUAAGGGAUAUUUUAAAGCAAGCGGUGAACGAGGCUACUGCUGUGAAGGAAGCGUUGGAAAUUGCGAGAGCAGAGAAUUGUAGCAUCAAGGAUUUGGUUAGGGAGAAAGAUGACGCGUUGAAUGGGUUAAAGCAUGAAUUAGAAAGCUUAAAGGUGAGUGAGGCGGCGGCGACGGAUAGUGUGAAGGUGCUGAAGGCGUUGGUUGCUGCGACUUCUUCGAUGGAGCAGUGGAGGAUGGUGGAGAAGCCAGUGGUGGUGAGGAGGCAGAAUUCAUGGGGAGAGAUGGAAGGAAUUGAGAAGAUUGAGGGAGGUGGUGGGUCGCCAUUGGUGAGGAGUCGGAAGGAUGGAAAAUGCGUGCUUUUUGAGAACAGGAGGUUGAAGGUGGAGGAUGGGAAGUUUGAAUGGAGUAAGGAGAAGAAGAAGAAGCAAUUUUUGAGGAGUUUCAGUGACAUACUGAGGAGGAAGAGUUUUCAGAGAUGA